AAAAUUAUUUACUACUAUAUUUUAUUACUAACUCUCUCUCUCUCACUAAGCUACACCUUUUGUCUCUCUGAUUUUUCUCAGCACACACUUGAAAGCGAGAACACCCUUGUUUGUUUUAGCUCCUAAGUUGGAAGCUUGUAGAUUGAUUUUCACUGCCAAGCAAAAGAAAGUGAGGGAAUCUAACCCUUAAUUGAACACAAUGAGUUCAUUUUACAUGUCUCUGAACCCUUCAAUUUCUCAAUCGUGUUACAAACCCAAGCAAUUUUUCAAUUUGGAGAGAGAGAGUACUUUGGUGGGAAGAAGUCCUGUUAUUCAGAUUAGAUGCCGGAGGGUUGUGAGUGCGUGUCUUAACGUGGAUGUUGAUGCACCUGAUAGUGGGAAGACAGCAUUGGAGAAAACCAAGGAUGUGAUCGAGAUGGAAGGGAAGUUCUUGGUGGGGACAUAUGCAAGAACACCGGUGGUGCUUGAGAGGGGGGAAGGUUGCAAAUUGUAUGAUGUUGAAGGGAGAGAAUAUUUAGAUUUGAGUGCUGGGAUUGCUGUCAAUGCACUAGGGCACGGGGAUGCAGAUUGGUUGAAAGCUGUUGUUGAGCAAGCCGGUACUCUUACUCAUACCAGCAACAUAUUCCACACAAUACCUCAGGUAGAACUUGCGAAGCGUCUUGUGGCUUCUUCUUUUGCUGAUCGUGUGUUCUUUGCAAAUUCUGGAACCGAAGCGAAUGAAGCAGCUAUUAAAUUUGCAAGAAAAUAUCAGAGAGACACAACUACUGACGGCAAAGAGCCGGCAACAGAGUUCAUAGCUUUUAGUAACUGCUUCCAUGGGAGAACCCUGGGUGCACUUGCUUUGACAAGUAAAGUGCAAUACAGGACACCUUUUGAACCUGUUAUGCCUGGAGUGACCUUUCUAGAAUAUGGAAAUGCUCAGGCCGCAGUAGAAUUAAUUAAGCAGGGCAAGAUAGCUGCAGUUUUUGUAGAACCCAUUCAAGGAGAAGGUGGAAUUUACAGUGCCACAAAAGAAUUUCUACAGUCUCUGCAUAGUGCUUGUGAUGAAGCUGGGGCACUUCUCGUUUUUGAUGAGGUUCAAUGUGGUUUAGGUAGAUCAGGGUUUCUUUGGGCCCAUGAGGCAUUUGGUGUCUUCCCGGAUAUGAUGACCCUUGCAAAGCCUCUUGCUGGAGGCCUACCUAUUGGAGCAGUCCUAGUGACUGAGAGAGUUGCUUCUUCUAUAAAUUAUGGUGACCAUGGAAGCACUUUUGCUGGAAACCCUCUUGUUUGUAGUGCUGCCCUUGCUGUUUUUGAUAAAAUAUCAAAACCUGAUUUCCUGUCGUCUGUAUCUAAGAAAGGCCUCUACUUCAAAGAAUUACUCAAGCAGAAGUUAGGAGGAAACCAACAUGUGAAAGAAAUUCGUGGUGUUGGGCUAAUCAUAGGAAUAGAUUUAGAUGUACCUGCCUCACCCUUUGUCGAUGCAUGCCGAAAUUCUGGCCUUUUAGUAUUAACUGCUGGAAAAGGAAAUGUUGUCAGGCUUGUCCCACCAUUGAUCAUAACAGAGAAAGAGCUCGAGCUAGCGGCCGACAUUUUGUGCAAAACUUUACCAGUUCUUGAUAACUAGGAGUGUAAGAGAAAGAGGUUUGGCUUUACAAGCAAAAUAGAAAACUUAAUUGGUUGUGUAUUGUUGAGUAGCUUUUAGAUGCCAAAACUUCAUGGUUUCCCUUUCAUUUAAGAUGUCUCGAUGGUAAGAAUAUUUCAGAAAUAUUGUAGCAUUUCUUUGAUUAUGCGUCCCGGAUCAGAUGGUUUACAUGGUCUAUUCUCUUUCUGCAAGAGAUUUAUUUGGGUAUUUUUUGUCAUAUAAAGUGUAAUAAUAACUACAAGGUCUUCUGAGUUCCCCUCAUAACCGUAGAUAAACUAUCUUCUUUUGGUA